AUGAGUUGUCAAAAUUGUCAAGCAACGUGUCCUAAGUAAUCGCAUAUUUUAGAAAUUAGUAAUAAUUUUCGAAAAUGCUGAAAUUUUAACAAAUAAUAUCCACUUACUGCACUGCUUACAUAUAAAUUCCAAUUAUUGUUGUUAAAUUUUAACAAUGGUUUUAUUGAGCAACGAUGAGUUUUUAGCAGAGUUAACGAAACUUUUCCAAAAAGCACGAUUAGCAGGAUCAAUCACAAUGACUAUGAAGAGAUAUGACGGCCGUAGCAAACCACAGCCUCGAGACGGAACACCUGCAGUUAAAAAUCCCGAAUACAAAUGCUUAUUACGGGCACAAUCUAAAAGUAAAAAGAUAUCAACAGUUGUGGAACAGCGUGAUGUCGAAAAGUUCUCAACUGCAUAUUCUAAUCUGCUGAAAACGAGUGUUAAUGGUUUGAAACGCUUGAAAAAGCCCAAGAAAAAAGCAAUGGCGACUCAGUAGUGUGUAACAGUGACUGUGUCAUAGACUGAUUAUGAAGUGCACAACUUAGUGUUAAGUAUGUAAAGUGACAAGUGACUUUAUGAUACCACCAUGAGAUCCUGGCGUGUGGGAUGAGGUCCAUUGAACUGUGCUUUUCUCUCCAAGGGAGAUUGAAGAGUUGGAGUCUUACCUGCUUUUGCUAGUAAGGCAUAAUGCAGUCAUUGACCAGAUGUACAACACUUUUUAUACAAAAGAUAAUAUAUCUUGUGCUUCUAUUAAAUAUAAUAUUCAAAACUUUAUAAAGAAGUAUCAAUUAUAAAACAACAUCCAAGUUAUCAAGGAGUAACACAUUACACUUGAUUAAUUUUAUUUUGAAGUUUUAAAGUUUUAAAUAACACAAGUACAGAAUAAAAGAUUUCAUUUAUUUUUACCAUAAUAAUGUGUAACAAAGAUAGAAAUGUCUUAUGAAAAUAUAGAUCAUGAUAUUUAUCACAUUUUUUGAGACCAAUUAUAAUAAUAAUAAAAAAACUUUCAACUUUUGGAAAGCUGUUUUAACAUACAAAAUGAAAUUUUAAUUACAGUAGGUAUGGGCUAAUCUAAUUAUUAUUAAUUUUAAUUUGUGCAUUGUGUGUUUUCUGAUUUCGAUAGUUUAAAAAUAAUACUGGGUUUUUAUUGUAUAUAUUUUUGUUUUUGGUUCCAUUGUCACAGGUCAGAUAAUAUGUUGCUAAAUUAAAAAGUAGUAUUUUUAAUUGGUUUUCACGCUGCAUAAACUUAAUUCAAUUGCAAGAGUAUUUGAAAUUACAUAAUAUUUACUGGCAUCGUAUCACACCUAGUCACUUAUGUACAAUAUUAAAAUAGUGAGUAAAGAUAUCACUAAAUAGUAUAAAAUUUUUAACUGGCAAAAUUUUAUUAAAUCAAAUAAACAUACAUAGCACCUAUUUCUGUUGGAUUUAAAAAUGUUUUAAUCACACUAACCAUAUUUAUUUGCAUAGUAAAGUAGUUCUCUUAAGGCACUAAUGACUUAUUUUGAAAGCAAUAUUCCUACAGAAGCUAACACUGAAUAUUAUAUAGAA